GUCCGCUCUCGACAUGGCGCCGCUCAAACUGAAAAGAAGGCCGACCGUCACCAGGAAGUCCAAAAAGGGAGCUGGAUGGAAGUUCACCUUGGACCUGACCCACCCCGUGGAGGAUGGGAUCCUGGACUCUGCCAGCUUUGAAAGCUUCCUCAAAGAGAGGAUCAAGGUCAACGGCAAGACGGGGAACCUGGGCAGCGUGGUGCAGGUCGGCCGCCUGAAGAACAAGAUCAACGUCACCUCUGAGAAGCAGUUCUCCAAAAGGUACCUGAAGUACCUAACGAAGAAGUACCUGAAGAAGAACAACCUCCGUGACUGGCUGCGAGUCGUGGCGUCCGACAAGGAGACGUACGAGCUGCGCUACUUCCAGAUCAGCCAGGACGACGAGGAAGAGUCUGAGGCAGACGAGUGAAACGGCUGGAGAAAAUCACUUCAAUGCCUCGCGUGUGUUUGUUGGGCUGUUCUCCAAAAGUGGAACGUUCCACUUCUGAGUUAACGACGUGUGUGUGUGUUUCCGCUGCGAUCCAUCUCACCUUCAUGAAGGUUACAGCUCACCUGUCCUACAGGUGUUACUCGUCCUCAAUGUUGUCGUAUUAUGUCCACCCUCUCUCAAUUUAUAUGACGAAGCUGCAGGGGUUAAAAUGGCCAUUAUCGUUUUUUUCAUACUCAAAAUAUUUGUUUUUCGAAUUUUAAUAAUUAUUGUGUUUUUUUAUAUAUAUAUAAAUCAAAUUAAGUGAUUUAGCAA